GUUUUCUGGUCUCAGCAGUUGUAAGUUAGACCGCUUACACCGGUGGCGAUAUCCCCGCACGAAAAUGGCGAAGAAAGUCUCCGCGAAACAAGGUUCGUAAAAUUCCCAUUUACUAAGAAAUAGGAUCGUUUUCGUAGAAAACUUGGGUUGGAAAUUUGAAACCAUAUUUCAUUUCCUUUGCGUUCUAGGAAAGGACUUCUUCGACACUCGAAGUGGUCGAGUUCUUGCAGACUUGAAUUUCGCCGAACGGAGUUCCGUAAAUGCUAAGACCGAAGUAAGUUCUUUGUCAGUCACCGUAUUUAGCUGACCCGUGAAUAAAUCUAGAUUUAUUCUGUGCCUCUUACGUUUACAUGUUGCUGUCAUUACAGAUUGGCUUCAUUCGCGAAGCUUUCCCGUUCCGAAGUAAAGAUGACAUAACUUUGGUUCUGCAGUCCUGUGAUUACGACGUCGAAGCUGCUAUCGCCUGCUUUACCAACGGUGGGUUUUUUUUUCGUUUUCCUAAACGAACGGUUUGAAACAGAGAGAGUCGAAACUUAAGAUGGGUAGUUGUGAUUUGAUACGAAACAGGAGGGCUUAUUUUCAAAAAGCGAAACAAAACUUGGAAAGUAUCAGUCGCUGUGGACACAAGAACACUCCGUUUCUACGCAUAGAAGAAUGUUAAAUUCCAACAAUUUCGUCAAUAUAUUCUCAUGUUAUUCCUUGUCUUUUAGGAGAAGCCGAUAACCUCUUAAAAGAGUGGAAUACCCAGGGAAAGAAGUCAAAAGUAAGAAAUUGAAAUAACUUUUUGCCGCUUUUUAAAUAAUUUUUUUUCAGGUUUAUGAAUAAUUUUUGUCACGUCACUGCGAUGUUAAAGUUUGUAUUAAAUAUUUAAAUGGGUCACUCGAUAUCUAAGCUCAGAUGAAUUUUAAGACGAUUUUCCUCUGUGAUUAGGGAGUCUUGUCUCUGGUUUUUUUCGCUAUAGAUUUCUUCAGCAUUUCUAAGCUAAUAAAGUGCCCGAAACAAAAUGAAACGUCAGUUGAGGUAUUCACUUUCCUCUCUGCCGGAAAAUCUGGGUGUCUUGCAAGGCGCAUUACUCCCUCGCUUCGAAGAAAUCUACUGCGGCAUGCAAUCUUGGGCCAUCGCUAAUCAAUCUACGUCUCAGAACACACCGAUCAAAGUUUCAUGUUACGAACGAUUGAAGUAUUAAUCAGAUGCCUUGUAAAACCCGUUAAGAGAACGAAGGUUUCCCAUCGUCAGCAACUUCCGGAAUUGGUCGAAUUACGAAAUAUAAUAGCUCCUUUGGGGCGCUGAGGUCGAUGCUCCAGAUAAGGGAAAAAAAGAGCGAUUCGUCGGUUGAAAUUUUUUAGAGCCAUGUUGGUUUCUCUGAAUGGCAUAAUAAUGGUUACCUUCUGGUGACCCUUUUUUCUGCCUAGAUUCAAGCAGGCAUCAGUUAUAGGUCUCACAAUUCCAACAACACAACCAUGGUAUUUUUUACUAUUUCAAGGUCAAUAUCAGGCCUUUGCAACAAAUUUUUAAGUGAUGGGGUCCAUUAACAGCAGUAGUUGUGGUAUAUCCCCCCUUUUACUCCCAAAAUCUCUUCAGUUACUUUCCUUACUGUCUGCCAUACAGUUCUUGUGAUGUUAGUUUGGAGAAUUUGAUUUUUGAUCAACUUGUAAUACCCUAUUUGAUAUUUUUCUUUAUUCUCAUCAUUUGUCUGCUUGAUAUUGUAUUUAUAUUGUAAGGAGAAAUUCUGUCUUGGUCACUCAUGGGAUUUAAAGGGUUAUAAUAGGCUGAAAGGGAAUCAAGAGUCAUCCUUCCCUAAACCCUUUAACUCCUAGAAGUGAUCAAUUUGAAACUUCUCCCAAUAACAUACUUACAUUAUUCAGUAAACAGCUAAUGAGAAUAUUCAAACUUAGUAGGUAGAAGUUGUUGUCUUGAUCUAACAACCAAAUUCUCAUAACUAAUUUACAAGGAUAUGUGUAGCAGCAAGAGGAGAGGACUACCAAUCAGAUCUUGGAGGUUAAUAAAGGGUUAAAUUUUGAAAAUUCAAGUACAAUCUGUUGCCAUAUGGUGCAUUUUGGAAUAUAUAUAGUUUUCAAGUCAAAAGGUUUUUCUCACUUUCAAGCAAUCAUGAAGUCAAUUUUGUUUGUUUGUCUAUUUUUUCAGCAUAGUCAUCUAAAUUACACUUUACUUGUAACCAUGCAUUGAUGCCGCUGCAUUUGUCUUCUUUUUCCUUUUAAUGCAAAAAGUGGGUGGCCAUGGGCUUCCCUUGUUCUCUUAUUCCUACUUAAAACUUACCAUCUGUCUUAUUCUUUUAAAAAAACAUGAUAACGACCUUGCUGAUCCUCGCAGUAUACAGGAUGUGUGUCAUAUAUGAACUUUGUGAUGGGCCUUGCUCACCAUAGAGCCUCUGUGGCUCAGUGGUUGAGCAUCUGGGCACAGAAUCCAAAGUUCUGGGGUUCAAUUCCUCCUUCAUGGGGACUUAGAAUUUUUUCUUUGUCCCACACUUUUGACAAGACAUGAAAACAUCUCUCUCUAUUUCUCUACCAAGCUCAAAACUUACCAUCUUCCUUAUUCUAUUUACUAAUGAAUUUAUUUAAUUCUUUAUCUGCAUUUGUUCCUGCACCAACCUACUUGUCACCUUUAGUGAAAUUGUUAUUUUCCUUGCAGAGUGCCAGAAAGAAAAGGAACAGGAAAAAGCAGGCAAAAACAAAUGAUCCAGAAACAUCAGAUGUUGCUGUGAUAAAAGAGAACAAUGAGAAAGUUUCACAACUGAAUCAAAACAGCCUUGAAGGUAUUGUCCAUGUAAUGGAGAUAAAAGAGAUUUUUAGACUUUGCAAGGGAAAUGAAAAGCCCUCCAAAAUCAUUUUGCAUUUAAAAAAAUUGUUUUAGAAUAAUACAAGUAUUGUAUCUGAGGGUGAGGUUACAUAAUAUUACAUGGUCUGUAUGGUUUUGGUAUCCAUGUAGAGAAAUAACAUUGGGAUAAACUUGUCUCGUGUUUCCUUUCUUGUUUUCACUUCACUGUGCUCAAGGCCAUAUAGACAGAUCUUCACCUUGUUCAUAUUACUCAAUAUUUCUUAUUCUUUGUUACUUGUCUGUUUGAGGCUGUCAUUAGUUAAAAUGUAAGGAGACUUUGAUCUCUCAUGGGAGAGAAAAGCUGAGAAAUGUUAAUCAGGAAUCAUUUUUCUUUUCCCAGAUGCACCAGUCACACCAGAAGAAAAUAGCAAAAAGCCAAUACAUGCUGAGUCAACCACUCUGAAAUGUGCUCCCCAAUCUUUGAACCCUCUGCUCCUUCAUCCACCUUCAUCAUCAUCAUGCUCUGAAGUCUCCCUUCCUUCCUCUAACUCUGACCAGCCUGCAGAUUCCUCACAAGGUACUCAGGCCACCUUGAAGCAUACACCAGGUUCCUCUGGUCAGACCAACCACUCAAAUUUAAAGGUUGAGAGGUCAAUCUCUACUGGUCCUGAUGCUCUCAAGAAAACAGUAAAGGAUUUGCAACGCUCCAGUGUUUCACUUCCACGCUUUCAACUUCUCCUAGAGGAGGUAAAUAGUCUCAACCCUUAACUCCUAAGAGUGAUUAGCAUGACUAAGUUCUCCUUAUGAAAUGCAUACAUUAUCCAAGAAACAGUUAACGAGAAUACUUAAACUCAUAAGGAAGGUUUUUAUCUUGACCUAAGACCAAAUUCUUGUAACUUGUUUACAAGAAAGUGUGCAGCAACUAGAGGGGAGAAUUAACAACCAUAUCUUGGGAGUUUAGGGGUUAAAUAUAUGGCAAAGAGGAGGGUAGAAGUUGAUGUCUUGAUCUAAAACUAAAUUCUCAGCUGGAGGGGAGAAUUAACAAUCAGAUUAUGGGAAUUGAAGGGUUGAGUGAAAGAGCACAAGGAUAUGCCUUCUGAAAUGCUUUUUGUUCCAAGAUCCAUCUAUAAAGUUUUGCUUGGUUGGAAUUUUUUAAUUUUCAUCUCUCACCUGCCUGACAAUUGUCUGAAAUUCUUUUCUCAGGAAUGUGAAAAGUCCACUAAGUCAAUUUCUCAGAUAUUUCAAGAGUUACGGCAAUGGUAAGUUGGGUUACAGAUGCCUUGAAAACUUUUGUUUGUUGGUGUAAUCAUUGCAUAAUAUAUUUAUAAAAUUUUUUACUUGUAAAUUGGUGAAACUAACAUUUUUUAUGAAUGUCACACAGUUUGAACAACAGGGAAGCUCAUCUUCUUGGUCGAAUGGCUGAAUUUAAAAAGCAGGCAGGUUGGUUGCCCAUUUUUGACUUAAUAUUCAGGGUUUUUGUUUACUGGCAAUCUGUGAAUUAAAUGAUCACAUGACUUGAAUUAAUUAGUUGUUAACUUAUUGUAAUGACCUACAAUCAAACUUAGUUUUAUUGCAUUGCAGUGAUAAGGGGUAAAACUUUUGUGCCAGUCAUAUACUGCAGAAUAGUCCAUUGAUCAAAAUUUGAACUACCCAUUUAACUCCCAGAUCAAAUUUGUAAUUCUCCUUAUUGUCAACCAUACAAUUCUUACAAUAUUAGUUCAGGGAAUUUACUACUGGAUCAACUAAUUAUCCCCAAAUUGACAUUUUCCUUUAUUCUCAUUACUUACCUGGUUGUUAUUGUAUUGAUAUUUUGAGGAGAAAUUCUGUCUUGGUCACUCAUGGGAGUUAAAGGGCUACCAUAAUUUGCAAAUGCUUCUUGUGAUGUAAUUAAAAACAUGUCUGAUUCUUUGCAGUUGAUUUGUUGGAACAGAGACAGGAAAAUGCAGCAGCAUUAAAACUUAAAUCUGACCGAGUAGGAGGGAUGCACGAGGUAGAAGUCACACAGUUAAGGAGUGAAAUAAAGGUGAGAUUGAAUAGCAAACCGAAAAAAAUAUACAACAUAGGAUUUGUCUGUGAUUCUUAACCCUUUAACUCCCAAGAUCUCAUCAGUAAUUCACCUUACUGUUUGCCAAAUGAUUCUCAUCAAGUUAAUUUGGAGAAUUUGGUAUUGGAUCAAUUAGUAAUCCCAUAAUUGAUAUUUUUUUUUAUUCUCAUUACUUCUCUGCAUGAUAUUGAUUAGAUAUAAGAAGGAGAAAUUCUGUCUUGGUCACUCACAGGACUUAAAGAGUUAAGACAAAUGUAGAAGAUUAUGAUUAAAAAAGGAAGGGCAUAAAAUUAUGGCAAGUAAGUUAUCACUCUUUAAUUCCCUUGAGUGACCAAGAAAGAAUUUCUCCUUACAACUGCAAUACAAUAUCAAGCAGAGAAGUGAUGAGAAUAAAGAGAAAUAUCAAUCAGGGGAUCAUAAGUUGAUCCAGUACCAGUUUCUCCAAACUAAUAUCAUACACAGUACAAAUGCAAAUUUUUGGUUUCCUUUUUUUAAUCCCUCCUUUUCUUCCUGUUGGCAGUUGGAUCUGGUAAACUGAACGUAAAAUUUUUUCUUUUUCAAGGCAGUGAGCUUAAGUAGUGUUAAUAUGAAGGCAACUUUGGAAGUCAAGGCUGGAGAGUUGAUAUAAAGUUGAUGUCUAUGUAAGAUGUUGUUUUUCACUGUGAGCAAUUUACACUUUUACUAGAAUUUUGUCACGGAGCGUAAAAUUGAUGAGGAGCUUGCCAGAACUACUCGUUUUGUGGCAGACAAAGAUCAGCUGCUGUCAAUGAUUGCCAAUUUUGGUGAAGGUAAGAAAUAUCUUAAUUUUCUCAUGGAUACUUGAUGUGGUUAUCAAGAAUGCAUAUUUACAAAUCAAUUGUAUUGUUGCCUUGGGUCCAGUACAUAUCAUUUUCACUGAACUUUACACAAAUUGAAAUCUACUACAGUUGACUCUUGCCCUUUGGACAUCUUGCUAUCACAGACACCUUGCCAUUGCAGACAAAGGCUAGUCCCCCAGUAAAAUGCAUAAAGAAAUGACUGAUACAAAUUCCUGUUACUACAGUCUCUCACAGUAGCAGAAAUGCAGACACUUUCAUGCCCCCCAGCAUGACUUUUCACUUGCUUUUUCUCUCACUACAGUGCACACACCUAAGUACUUUAUCCAAAAUCCUGACUUGUAUAAUAUAAAGCGACAUUAUGAUAAAGGCAAAUAAAGAAACCAUUCUUCAAUUGGGUGCAAACAUGAGAGUUUUUUCUGCUUGCCACUGGAUCUUUUCAGAUUUAUUAGCCCCAGUUAUUGACUCUCGAUAUUACACCCUCACCUGUUAGGGUGUCGGUAAUAACAGGAGUCAACUUUAUUACGUUGUGUAGCAUAGCCGAUCUUUUUUAUAUUCUCCUUUGCAUACUUUUCAAUCGUUUUUAUUUACUUGCUUGUUUGUGUCUUUUGUCACUGAUAGUUGUUCCUAUAAAGAGUUGUUACAGCCCUGUAACAUUAAACCCUCCAUCACUACCAAUGAAGAAAGUGGAGAGGAACAACAAUAAGAAAGCUGAAAAUGUUUCUUCACUCAAGCCACCACUGCCAUCAGCUCCUACAAAUGGCAGUGUACCUGUCACCACUUCUAGUGUGGAGGAGUCUCUAUGCUCACAAAAAACCCUCCAAGAAUUGGCAGAACUGAAUGCAAAGCUUCAAGCUUCUCUGCGGCAACAAGUAAGUCCCCAUUAGCAGAUGCCAGAGUAUCCUGUAUUUUAUUAAUUUUUGACCUGAAUAUCUUGCACCCUGUUAAUUAUCUCUUAUCUUGCAAAUUUUUUUUCUUGCUUUAAGUUAUCCUGCAUCCCUCAAAUUUUUUACUCUAAUAUCUAAUAUCCAGAUAACCCCUAAUAGAGCCUCAAUACUUCAGUGAGAAAAUCAAUUAUGUUAAAGGCCUGCUACUGUUUUUGAUUUACAGGGUUUGGCAUCACCUACAAAUUGCAGUCUGCCUAUGACCACUUCUAGUGUGGAUAAGUCGGUAUCCUCACAGAAAGCCCUCCAAGAAGAGGAAGAAGUGAAGUCAAAGCUUCAAUCUGCUGAGCAGCAACAAGUAAGUUGGCAGCACUGAGGCCCCAUUAGCAGGGUCCUGAGUAUCUGUAUCUUAUUCAUUUUUGACCUAAAUAUCUUGCAAUCUGUGAAUUCCUGUGGAUUGUAUCCUCAUAAUUCCAGUUCAUUAUCCUGGAACCUUUAUUUUAAAUAUCUCUUAUUUUGCAAUUUUUUUGCACAUUAAAGUAUCAGGUAUCCAUCAAAUUUUAAUACUCAAAUGUCAUAUCCAGAUAACCCCUAAUAAGGCCCCAAUACUUCAGUGAAAAAAUGUGUCUGUGGAAUGCAAGAAUCAUUGUAAAAAGUUUGUAAUUAUCAUGUUUUCUAGGACAAACAAUUAUGUUAAAUGCUUUGGUUGUUUUUGACUCACAGGGUUUGGCAUCACCCAGUGAAGAACCUAUGGAAGGUACUUGAUUAUAGAUUAAAGUAUUUUAUUUAUGAAAAGUGGAUGACAGAAGCUACCAAGGGUUAGCUUGCUGCAUUCCAGGGGAGAGGUUUGGGUUCAUGACCUGUCUUGUUUAUUGUGUUGUGUUUUUGGGAAAUACACUUCACUCUUACAGUGCCUCUCUUCACCCAUCAGUUUGAAUGGGUAACAAUUAUUUGUUAUGUUUUUUUUUUCCCUUAUGUAUAUUUUAAGUAGUUUUUAGCUUUUAUACUUAUUUCACACCCCUACUGGAAACCAGCUUUUUACAAUAAUGAUGAUAGGCUAACAUGUUUAGAUGAAGUUGAUCUCUUGAGGUUGAUGGAAACCUGACUAAAUGUUGGACAUGGGUAACCUGCAAUGGAUCUCAUUAGUAAUUCUCCAUUCUGUCUGCCAUACAAUUCUUAUGAUGUUAAUUAAGAGAACUUGGUACCAGAUUAACUAAUAAUCUCCUCUUUAUUCUCAUCACUGGUCUGCUUGAUAUUUUGAUAAUAUUGUAAGGAGAAAUUCUGUCUUCAUCACUCAAGGGAGUUAAAGGGUUGAACAAAGAUGUUACUUUGCUAUCUUUGUAUAUGUUUGGGAAGAGAAAAAGUUGGUGUAAAACUUUAAGAGGGAAACAAUAUUGAUACGAUGAAGAUAUGAUAUAUUGCAAAUUGAUUAUUACUGGCAAUGAAAAUUUAACACAAGAAAUAAGGGCUGGGUCUAUGACCAGUGAUUUAACAAUUUCUUUUUUUUUUUUUUAAAGGACAAAAACAGGAAACACCUGACCAAAAGAACAACAGGUCCAAUUCAGCUUCACACAUAACAGGCAAACAGCAGACAUCACAAAAUCAGCAAAGAAGGAAAGACCAGAAUCACCAGCCUGAGAGGAAUAGACAAAACCAGUCAGGUGUAGCAAGAGGUUCUGAACGAGAUAGGCAAUAUAAUAACCAAUAUAAUAGGAGUUCUAGAAGAUCUUAUCAACGGAGUGCAAGACAAAGAAGUCCUAGGUUUGAAAUUCCAAAUGACAAGAAGGAGGGGUCAAAGAAUAAAGACACUCCCGCAGCUCAAAACACUGAUCUUGAUCAGCAAAAAGUAGAAGCUGAUGAAAGCUUGAAAUCCUCAGGGAGUAGUGAUAAAGCUGUCACACCACGACCUGAGUCUGUUAAGGGAGAUGUGCAGUCAGGAAACAGAAAUUCACGACCAAGAAACCAGAGAAUGAGAAGGGAAGACGGGCCCCGCAGUAGGGACAGAAGAAGGGGUAGAAGGGAAGGGGCAGAGGGCCACAAGAGGAAUGGUCCAGGAGAGAAGCUUGAAAAUGGUCCCAUUAAAAAUGAUCCUGUUGAUAAAGGUUCACCUGACAAGGAGGAUACAAAAACAGCAGUUAAUGAAAACAGGGAUCAUGAUUCAAAGAAGAGUACAAACCAGGAAAAUGGUUCUAUUGAAAAGACUGAUGAGGUCAAAAAGGAAACAUCUUUACCUGAUGGUCCUGUCUUGAAUGGAGCAGAAACACAGGCAGACAGCAGUAGUAAUCAUUGUUUAAAUGGUGAGCCUGCCCAUGUUCCAGACAAAGAAGAAGAGAAGAACAAGGAGACACUACCUCAAAGAAGAGAGAGGCCAUCAAGAAGAAGGGGCACACAGAGAGAUAAGAAAGAUGGGCCUAGCUCUGAGAAGCAGCUAAAUGGAACCAAAUCAGCUGAAAAUGGAACUGGGGAAGGUCAUGGCAAGGAAGAAGGCAUGGCUGAUAAUGAAACCCAGAAACCAACAGAGAAUGUACAAAAGGAAAAAAAGGAAAUUAAAAUUGAGAAUCAAAGCACACAGGAACUUCAAAAGGACAUAGGUAAAUCUGGAGCACCACGAGCGAAUGGUUAUAUACCCUUGAAAGAAGUUAAUGAGGUUAAUAUAGGUAGAUGACACUUCCAUUCAUACUGAAUGUUAUUAAAUUAUGCCUUUUAGAAGGUGAAUAACUUGAAAUAAAUUGAAUUAUUGAGUUAUUGCAAAUUGUUAAGGUAGGAGUUGUGUAGGUUAAUGUCAAAAUGUUGUGUUAAGUGUUGAACUUUAGUUUAAAUUAGCUGUUGGUUAGUUGCAAAUGCAAUGGUCCCCUUUCUCCAAGGGUACCUUUUGUUCUUACUGAUUUGACUUCUGUUAAAUUAUGUUCAAGGGAGAAUUUGAUCAGCAAAUAGAAUGUCAGUGUAUGAAUCUUCCUUUUUUCUUACUGCAAUUACAAAAGGAGUCUUGCAAAUAUGUUCUAUAGUCAGCGGAGAAAACUUGGGCCUCUGCUCUUAGCUCUUAGUUUACUUGAAUGAAUUAAUAGACCAGUCAAAAAUAUAUAUAUUAAUCCUAAAAUUGGCUGCUUCUAUGGGAAUUUGACUAAAUCAUUAGUCCAACUUACAACAAUUAAAUUUACAGAGUUUUGACAAGGGGGAAUUAUUGCAUGUGCAAUGAUGUAGAAUCUAUACAGUCAAGAACCUAUAACUCAUGAAAUGUAGGAGCAACUUGUUUUGCAAAAAAAAUGGGUAAAUUUUAGUUUGUUAUAACCCAUUCACACCAAAGCUUUAAAAUGUUUUAAAAUGUUUUGUU